GACCUCACCACGCGUAGAAACGCGUCGAAGCGUGCUGCCAAGCCCUUUCAUGAUAGUGACGCUCACCUCCCGGAUUGCUUUCCUUCCCAUCCUUUCGUCUACUGCGAUUCUGUUAUAAUAUAUCGCGUUAUUCGCGAGACGCCGCAAUCUCCCACCUGUAUCAUUACACUUGUACGAUCAUCACUUUCAUGUACUAGAUACCGACACCAUGUUCUACAGUCACGAAGUGCUCACGUCGCGCAAAUACGGUGUGGUAACCGUGUGGCUCGUCGCGACUACCCAAAAACGAAUCGGCCGCAAACAAAUUCUCGAAGUCGAUGUACAGAAAGCAUGUCAGACCAUUGUCGAUCCUGUAGCGCCUAUGGCUCUACGGCUACAGGGCAAUUUGAUGUACGGUGUAUCGCGUGUGUACCUACAACAAUGUGGAUAUAUUCUUUCGGACGCAGAGAGUGCGCGAAACGCCCUGCUAGAGAUGCUACGGACGGUGAAGCAUACCGCACUCGAUCCAGAUGCCGGCAAAGUGAGGCCUGAGCAGCUCAUGCUCGAAGAUGACCCUUCCUUCAUGCCCGAGCUCGCGCUUCCUCCCCCAGACUUCCUCGCAGAACUAGAUCACGACUUCAACCUCGACAUUGCGCGGUCCGGCGACUCCCAGACGCUCACACCCUUCAGCUCCCAGCAAGCACGGUCCUCAUCCCAUGCUGAUGCCAUCGGCGGGCUCAUCUUGCCUACUUCAUCUCCCGUGAUGGCCGCCGAGUUCAGACUCGAAGGCGAUGAUGGAGUAGGCAGUGUUGGCGGACCAAGUGCCAUGGGCGCUGGCGAUACUAUCCAGCUUGAAGAGCCAGACUUCAUGAUCGCAGACGAUGGCGAGAUCAUCCAGUUGCCACCGCGGCAAAAAAUGCCCAGCACGCCAGCUAGGACCGCAGGUGCGAAAAUGUCCAGUGAUGCCGGAGCCAGUGCGCGGGUUCGGAAGGACCACGAGGAAGGACAGCAGGCCGGCGAUCAGUUCUCGGGCGAUCAAGUAGAUAUCGGCUUUCCGACCUACGACGAAGAUCCUAUCGAAGGGGGAGCAUUCCCAUCAGACGGUCCGCAAGAGUCCAAUCAGCAUUCAGAAGUCAUCGAAUCAUCCGACUCGCUCGCCGCGCCCAUGCGCCGUCGUCGGGUUCCACGCACGCUUCCUAUCGAUGCAGCUAUAGAGCUCCCUAACAAGGAGUUGGCAGGUUGGCAGAGGAACUACCGUCAGAACAUGAAAACAGCAGCUCGGCAGAAAACCAAAAAGCGUGCUGCUACUCAGGCUAAGAAGAAUGCGGAGCACUACGUGUGGGGCGCUGGUAUUGGCGGUAUCGGCGAACGUGUCUUGAACGGUCAAGCUCCUAGCCCGUUUGACAUGUUCAUUGGGGACAACCUCUUUGAUACGAUCAUGGGCUUCAGUCGCAGCAAGGGUACCGGAGUGAAGCACGACCGCGACAGCGGUAUCGAUGAUGCGACCCAGGAAGAAUCUCGCCGUGUGCGUCAGAGAAUCGGCGAGCCCGAGGUCGAUCGUUCGGCUGAAGAUGAGGACAUUCCUUUGUUUGGUGAAGAUGACAUCGCAGUCGAACUACCUCGCGAAGGUGUCUCCGCUCUUGACGAUCAACAGAUCUUCUCAGCGAUGCCGUGGAACAUCAGUGCUUCUAUUAGAGGCUCUUCAGUCGUUCCUCGAAGCGGACGCGCUGGCAUGAUAGGCUCCGCUGACCAGAGCAGGCCUGGAAGCCGCUUCGUCUCUGCUUCUCCCUCAAAAGGUCGCGGACAGCCCCUUGCUCUUGAAAGAUUGAAGCACUUUACGAGUGACACCGAUUACGGUGGUGACGACUUUGGGUUACCAGGUUUCAGCUCCGAAUUUCCCGAGCCAGCAGUUCAGGAACCCUCAGCACGUCUUCGCGAGGCCCUGUCGGCAGAAGGCGAGAACUUCAUUAAUUUCAUCCACGGACGUAUCGUUGAGAAACGCAAGCGGGCUCAAGCUGACCUAGAGCACGAUAUCGACGUACUCCAAGCCGAAGCCGCUGCUGAUAUCGAGGACAUCGCCUUUGAAGAGCUUCUCCCAUCCGCAGAGAACACCAAAAUGAUCGCUGGUCAGGGCUUCAUGAUGGUGCUUGGGCUUGGAUCCAAGGGAAUGCUCGACGUUCAGCAGCCGCAACACUUGGGCGAAAUCAACAUCAAACUCUCCAGAAAGGCCAAGGAAAUGCAGGUUGUUGAGCUCGGCGACGCUGAAGAAUCGGACAGGGAUGGUGCUCAAGAGGAUGACGAUCUUACCGAAGACGAUGAGGUGGCGGAUGCUCAAGAUAUUGCAGGACAGCCGGAAGCGGAAGACCAGGAUAUGCAAGAGCAGUUCGCCGCUGGCUAUGCUGCUCAAGAGGAUGAUCAUGACUCACUCUAUGAGGACUGAGUGAUCCAACGCUACAUCGAGCCAGAUGGAUGGACAUAUACAGACUGCUGUGUAGCAUAUGUUUCUCAUGUAUCUUCCCGCCUAGUGGCGUUUCCCGUUCAUAUUACAGGUGCCCAUAGGGCGAUGAGUAUCAGCAUCUGGUGCGGAAAAGGAGAACGGGCGGACAACAGAGUCAC